UUUCAAAGAUCAUCGCAGCCACUAAAACGGCCCCGGCGAUGCGGGAUGAUGUACCCCCCACACCCGCCAGUAUCGCAGCUGCACUACUCUUCUGAUUCCAGCUCAAACAUUGAUCAGUAUACAGCUUCAAAUGAGAUAAUGUCAUGCUUGGUUUUUGCAUACUUGGUCUCUUCAAGAGCGAGAUCAUAGACUUGAUGAAAACAAUCCAAUCCCUGAAGCUUCACUGCCAAAUCUGUCUGCAUCCGCGAACUCAUCCUCCCCUCCCCCCCCAGAAAUGUUCACGCUGAUGCAGCUGUGCACCGAGCUCCGGGCCAUGAUCUGGGACGCCGCCAUGCCAGGGGACAUAUCGGAAACCUGCAUAUUACAGCUCCCCCAGCCAGCCACCAUCCAUGACGCUCACCCCUCAGAGCUGCCGCCCCAUCACGAUGCAGCCCAAGGCCCCUCCCCACCGCUGCUGGUCGACACGGCCUUCCCCCUCCUGAUGCACGUCUGCCGUGAGUCGCGGCAGCACGCCAUGAAAAGAACCAAAUUCCGCCACGAGCCCGCCGCGCACGCCAUGGUCCCCUGUAGACCCUUCCGCCCCGAGCUCGACGUCCUCUACGUCCCGGACCCGGGCUCGCCGCCGCCCGCGCCGCUCGAGACCGCGCGGCACGUGGCGGUGGGGUGCUGGCGGCCCGUCUACGGGAGCGCCGGUGUCGUCGGGACCGCCAUCUCCAGGGCCCCGACGGCCUCGUGUGUGUUCGGCGCGUUCCCGGGCGUCGAGUCGAUCUCCAUCGUGCUGCCGUCGUCGUCGUCGGGACGCAGGCCGGGGGACGCCAGAUCCGCCGGCCCUGCCCUGCCGCGCGGCAGGUUCCGGCUGGAGCCCGUCUACCUCGGGGGCAGGUCGAACAUCGUGGCGUCCUUCCGACGCGUGGACCGCGGCGCCGACGGGGCCCUGGCCGUAGUGCAGAGCAUCCGCCGGGACGUCGCGUGUUAUCACUCGCUGAUGUGGCGGAGGCUGGGCGCCGGGUACGGUGGGCAGGGGGCCUUUGUGGAGAUGGAGUUCGGUGCGCGUUACUUUACGACCUGGGCGUUCGACGAGAAGAUGGGGGUAGGCGGCUUCCUCGACUGCGUGCAGUCCCCUCGGGGUUUUGCGAAAUCAACAGGGGGCGGGGUGAGACGUCAAGGUGGUGUCACGAAUCUAGGAGGGGGGUCGCGAGUGAAUCAUUUACUUUGAGACGUGAACGCCGCUACCUAUCCCUGAAUGCCAGCAACCGGGUCUCAAUGUGAGGACCUAAACAAACCUCGCCCUAUUAUACAUGUCUAUAUCGUGUCUGUUCCUCUAUACCCGUUGCUCCCCAGAAUCCUGGUGGUGGGUGGAACAGCCGAUAGUAGUCGAAACUGAACUGGUACGGAGGUGCCAGAAUGAUUGUGCGUGAAGCACUGAACGAGGUAUCUGGAAGCUUGUGUAGCUUUUGGGCGAUCUAGAACAGUAUUUGCCAUGGUGGACAAUGCCGCAUGUUGUCGUGUGCUAGGAGCCGCUGC